AUGAAUACCAAUUCACAACCAUCGAUCAGCUAUACUCUGUUCCUGUACCGUGAGGAAUUGAAACGUACCAAAGCCAGUUUCAAACGAUUGAAUCGCACCAAAAUCUCCCUAACCGACAAAUUGAUCUCGAAAAGUGUACGCAAUUUGGAAAAAUGCAGCACCGAAGAUUUACGGGUAAUCAACCGAGAACUGCUCUUCAAGAAGAAGCUGAAAUAUCAAAUGCAACGCAUACGCCAAUUGGAGAAGUUGGGUAUGCGCAACGUUAAUCCCAAUACCCCGAGUACUGAACUGUGA